AUGGGGAAGCCAUGGGCGCACUAUCCGAUACAAGGUGGAUCUGAAACCAGGUCCAACAUAGAUAAUCAGCAAACGGAAUCCAUAAUAUCCAAAGCCUCCAAGCAUGAAGUUGAAGAUGUCAGAAAGCCUGAAGGUCCCUGUGCAUCACACUGCUUGAAGGGUCAGAAAGGAGAACGGGGUGAAAUGGGAUCUCCAGGAAAGCCGGGUCAACUAGGUUUCACAGGUUUACAAACAAGUGGAGGAUAUGAUUCAUUUGCAUUCGCUGAUAAGGGAGAAAAAGGAGAACGGGGGCUCCCUGGAUUUAAAGGACCUCCAGGUCCUAAAGGUGACAGAGUAAGUAUUAUAGUAACUGAGAUUGUAGAUUUGGAAGUUGAUUUGAAAGAGGCUGAACAAGUUAUUGCAGCAGACCUUCUACAUUGUACGUGGAACCAAAGCGUGCAUGUGAUUUUAAAAUGCCUCCAAGCAGAAGGGCGCAACUUUAACACCGAGUGUGAAUUUGUUGAGAAAGCUGUACAAUUCUUGGGAUGCAUUGUUGACAGUGAAGUUAUCCUCAAGAAGACUCAGAACCCUCCUGAGAGAAGCAAAGGUCCGAGCGGUGAGCCAGGAUUUCCAGGUGUGGCAGGUCCACCAGGGCUUCCAGGACAGCCGGGACCUCAGGGACCACCAGGUCUUUCUGUCAAGGGUGAGCCAGGAGCUUCUGGUACUCGGGGUCAACGUGGGAAACCUGGCCUGAAAGGUGAUAAGGGAGAUACCGGAAUUCCUGGAGUUGCUGGUUUGCCUGGACCAAUUGGACUUGAUGGACCUCCUGGGGCCCCAGGGUUCAAAGGGGAACAGGGAGUUGAUGGGAUUGGCAUCCCAGGAAUACCAGGACAGAACGGAUUUCAAGGAGAGAAGGGUAAUCAAGGGGAAAAAGGGAGAGAUGGAGAGGUUGGCCAAAAGGGGAAACGAGGAAUUAAAGGAGAUAGAGGGGAAAAGGGAGACCAUGGAAAAACUGGGGAACCAGGACCACGAGGAAUUGCUGGACUCCCAGGUCCUAUUGGGUUGAAAGGAAAUACAGGAGGCAGAGGCUUGCCGGGAGAUCCAGCUAAAGGGAUAAUAGGACCAACUGGGCCUAAAGGUGCCAGAGGAGAUAUUGGACCACCUGGACCCAUGGGACCCAAAGGUGAACAAGGAGUUCAAGGGAUUGAAGGUGAAAAGGGAAGCCCAGGAUUUGGAAUUCCCGGUCAGCCUGGCCUUAAAGGUGAACCAGGUGAAAGGGGCAAUGUUGGUUUAUCAGGCCGACCGGGUGAGAAGGGUGAAAUUGGCAAGGAAGGGGAGCAAGGGAAACCUGGAGCUCCAGGAAGCCCAGGGCCAAUAGGACUAAGAGGUAAAGAUGGUAUAAAAGGACAGAAAGGCGAACCAGGCAAGGGCGAAAUGGGUCCUCCAGGUUACUCAGGAGAGCGAGGAAUAAGGGGACCCUUGGGCCUGCCAGGCCGGCCUGGAGACAAGGGACAUAAAGGAGAUUCUGGAAACCCUGGAGAGAUGGGAACAAUUGGUCCAAAGGGACAAAAAGGAGAUACAGGAAGGCCAGGACUGCCUGGGCCACCUGGAUCAAAUGUGACCUUCAAAAACAAUAGCAUUAUUAUUAAAGGCGAAAAGGGUGAUACAGGACUUCCUGGGGAAUGGGGUCAAAAGGGAGACCGAGGUGAUCCUGGUAUCGCAGGUCCUCCUGGACCAAGGGGUCCAGCAGGACCUCCUGGGCCACCUGAUAAAAUGCAUGGUGAGCAGAAAAUUGGAGAUCUGAAGGGAGAGAAAGGAAAGCCAGGAGCUGAUGGAAAGCGUGGACCACCCGGAAAAGAUGGUAUGAAAGGUGUCCGUGGAUUACCAGGAAUAAAUGGUAAAGAUGGUGCGAAAGGAGAGAAAGGGGCACCUGGUUUGCCUGGGCCUCCUGGACCGGGAGCCUUCCCAGCAGCCCCUUUGCCUUUCAAUGAGGAGACUGGGUUCAAUUAUACAGAUUUACCAGUCGUUCCCUUGCCUGGUCCCCCUGGUAUACCAGGUGGAAAAGGAGAAAUGGGGCUCAAAGGUGAAAAAGGUGAUCCUGGACCACAAGGAAAAGGAAUUGAUAUCAAGGAUUUGGAAAAGCUUUUUGACAUUUAUGGUAUAAAGCUGUCUCUUUUGAAGAAAUUAAUUGAUAGGCUUCUUCAAAGUGGUUUGGACGAGAUUCUCCAGCAGGUCUCAAGCUCCAAAAAAGACAAGACCACAAAGAAAAUCCAGGAUUUUAAACAGGUGCAAGGUUCAUCUCUGAGGUAUGAAAUAUCUAGCCGAUCUCUCUCUGAAAUAGAAGGAACGGUAGAAGAACCUGAUUCAGAUACAGCAGAUCCUAGUCAUUUGGGCCUAGCUCAUUUAUCACAGAACGGAAGUGUUUCAACCCCUAGGGUGAAGGAAAAGCAAAAGACAAGGCGGCAUAAAAGCAAGCAGACAUCAAUGGCAGACGAUCCUAGUCUAGAUGGUGUUUUCAAUAUUUCCAAUACUCAUCUUUAUACAUCAAAGUUGAAACAAAAUCUCUCAGAGAAUUCAGGGAAGCCUUUAGUCAGAGUGCGAAGAAUGGAUUCAUGGCAGAAGGAACAGAUCCGUCUACCGGGUGCUGCAGGAAUGAGAGAAGUAAAGAAGAGACUGGUGGAUUCUAGUCGCAGAAAGUUGAAAACAGAGAAGAAUAAAGCAAUGAAGAUUGUUGCUCCUGCACUGGAAUUCUCACGACAAAAAGGUCAAAAGGGUGAAAAAGGUGAACCAGGCCAUAAGGGGGAACCUGGAACACCUGGAAACCAAGAUGACAAAGGAGAAAUUGGUGAGAAAGGUCAAAAGGGAGAGCCUGGCAUUGGAUUCAGAGGUCCAAUUGGUCAAUCAGGAUCUCCUGGAAAAAAGGGAGAACCAGGGAUAUCAGGCCCUCCAGGGGCUCAGGGUAUUCAAGGAAUCCCAGGUAAUACAGGUAUACCAGGAAUCCAAGGUGCAAGAGGUUCUCCAGGAGUGCCAGGACUCCCAGGAGUAAAGGGUGUUCGAGGUAGGAGAGGCAAGAAUGGUUCACCUGGACCACCUGGAAAUAUGGGGCCACCUGGCAGGCAGGGUCUUCCAGGGAAAACUGGCAAUAAAGGAUCGAAGGGUGACAUUGGAUUGGGGGCCCGAGGACCAAGAGGGAGCCUAGGCAUUCCUGGUCGUAGGGGAGUUAACGGUGCUCCUGGAUCAAUUGGAGGCCCGGGUCUCACGGGUCUGAAAGGAUUACCCGGUCUGAAAGGAGAAAAGGGAGAUAAUGGGUUACCAGGAAUUAAAGGUGAUAAGGGUGACCCACAAGUCAUUUCUGGACCCCAAGGAUACAAGGGCGACAAGGGGGAACUAGGUGAUAGAGGUCCACCAGGGUUUGAUGGUGAUAAAGGAGAGAAAGGUGAAGAUGGACCUCCAGGACUUAAGGGUCACAAAGGAGAAUCAGGUUCCAAAGGAUCAAUGGGGUUAUUUGGGGCCAGAGGUCCUGCAGGACAGAAGGGUGAACCUGGUGAACAUGGCAGCAAUGGAACUGCAGGCAGAGCUGGUCUUGAUGGUAAAAGUGGAGGUAAAGGAAUGAAAGGAGACAGAGGCUUGCAAGGACGGAAAGGUGAACUGGGGCAUAAAGGUGACCAAGGCUUAAAAGGAGACAAAGGGCCUAAAGGUGAGAAGGGAUCACGAGGUCUUCCAGGACAAAGAGGACAGCCAGGGAUCGGAGCUGAAAGGGGUGACAAGGGUGAACCUGGGUUGCCAGGAAAAUUGGGAUUAAACGGUCUUCUGGGACUAAAGGGAGCACGUGGAAUUCCAGGCCUUCCAGGUUCCAAAGGCAUUCCAGGAGAAAAAGGGCAAAAGGGUUAUAAGGGUGUACCUGGACUCACUGGCCUGAAAGGGUCUACUGGAUUACCUGGAAAGCCUGGAUCCAUUGGACCACCAGGGCCUCAAGGACCUAAAGGUGAAGCUGCAGCAAAGGGUGAAACAGGGAAGAGGGGGAGAACACGUCGUGGAAUGAGAGGAUCCCCAGGAAUUUCUGGAGCCAAAGGAGAUCAGGGAGAAGUUGGGCCAGCUGGUCUGAAGGGUGAGAAAGGAGAUCCUGGACUUUCAGAAGAAGAAGUGAAAGAUGUUGUCAGAAAAGAAAUGAAUGAUAAAUGUGGUAAGUCAAUUUGUGGAACUCUGCUUUUAAAGUAA